AUGUUGAUGUUCCCAACAGAGGCGGAAAAUUGCAAGCUAGGUAAUACGAUUGUGUAUGCAAGAGUACUUAUUGUAGGGCCUGUGCGACGACAGACCAUUAGAUAAUCAUUAGCCUGCUCUGUGUUCACUAGUUUAAAAACAACUGUUGGGCCAACGCUCGAGAGGCGCGGGCGGAAUCUAAUGCGCGAGUGGCGAGCAGAUUGGCUCACUUCGAUAAGUUCUUGAAUGGAGAACGUCUCUAAGGCCAAGAUAAUUUGCAAGUAAACAGCAAUGCGUGAAAGCAAGCAGUGCUAAAGGAUCUUGAAUAGAAAUGUGAAUUUUCUGUUUAGGAAGGUGAACGUUUCGAUUACCCGUCGUCAAAGAGAUACCCAUUGGUGGAGCUCCGUGAUUAGUUGCAACAAGCUAGCGUAAAUGGCGAGAAUCAGUUACAUUCUUCCCCCCCCCCAUCCCGCCUCCCCCAAGUUAGCUGGACAACAGUUUUUCCAAACAGGCACCUAAACAUCGGCUAGUAUAGGGUAAGAAUACGCUCAUCCUAGGAAGCAGCACCCCUUAAUGUACAACAUCCACUUCCCGUUUGUUGACAGUUCCAGUGAUUCCACGCUCAGAGGUAGAAAUAACUUUGUCAAGAUACAUUGUUAUGGGUUUAGGUUACCACUUCUAUGUUCCUUGAGCAUCUACCAAAGCAUGUUGACUAUCAGAGGUUUUUUUUCCUUUUCUCGCGUGCGGCGGGGUACUUCGAUGUCGGCAACAGACCGAAGCCGCGAGUCACUGUAACCAGAAAAUGCGAAAGAAACGUCUCUCCUGUCCGGUAUAUACAAAGUUCUUCGUGACUUUCAAACAUUUCCCUCAAACUCAAUAAUAAAUGUGCCGACUCGAGAAAACAAACAAAUUCGCUACCAUGAAUCAAACACUCGAAAGAGUUUUUCAUCUGGAUUCCAAAUAACCUUGACUUCAUUCUGAAUAUUCGACUGUGCCUCAUUUUUUUCAACUCACAUGUCGUUUCCUGCAUGUUUUUUAAAACCUUCUUCAUUUUGAUUCAUUGCUUGCCUCAUUGCAGUGUUCGGUAUGUUACUGGGAGGUACACUGAUCCUAGAUGACCUGGACUGUGCAAAUAAAUACAGACAACAGGUGAGUACACUUGUUGUUAAUGCAUUUAAGGGUGAUGUUACACGGGACGACUCGCAGCAACGAUUUUUAGCUUAACACAGCGUUGCAACAUUGUUGCGAUAUUGAUUCAAAUGGUCGCAAUAUUGUUUCAACAUUGCCGGCAAUGCGGUGCCAUGGCUUCCUGACACAGCCUCUUUAAUACGAGUGCACUUCUGAAGACAUCACAUUUUUACAUUUAGCCUGUGUAGCUGGCGGGAUUGUUAUGCCCUAUUCAAAACGGGACCGUCGUUUCUACGUACUUACCUAGCCGCAUAGCGUAUGGCCUUAAGCUGGACAAUGGCAGUACGUUCUCCCUCGCUCAUUUUAAGGCCCUGAUGUCCAAUAUUCUCAACUAGAUUCCAGUGGACAAAACCUGGAGUCCAAUGGGUUCUAGUCGAAAAAUGAAACCGGAAGUACAGUCGAAUCCACUUGAGUUACCGGAAGUCUAGUUAUAAGAUGAAACCGGAAGUGUAAACAAUAAUUUGAGGAGGGUUGGAAAGUCGUGCGAUGGAGCCCAUCGCAUCCACUGGAAACUCAUCGAUUCCGGUGGAAUCUCCAUUACAACGACUUUCUACCCUCUUCUGCAACAUGAGUGGAAUAUUCUAUAACGACUGGAAAGUGUGCUUUUCUAUUGGAAUCUAUUUGUUUCCAAUGGACUCCGUUGAAACGGCUGUCUACCCUCCAUACAACAUGAGUGAAAUUUUUCUCAGUAUCACACGAAUAGAAAAUGGACUUUUCCAUUGGAAUCUGUUCGUGUCCAAUGGAUCACCUACACUUGGUAGGACUUUUCACCACUAGACUUUCCGACAGAAAGCAAGAGGAUACUACUGGAGUCUAGUUCUGUGGCUUUGAGACAAAUCAACUAACGGACGACUGCAAUGCAAUAAAGAAAACUACUGAUUUACGAGCGGAAGUGGCUAUUUUGCAUCUCUGGGCAGCAAUUUUUCUCAAAUUUUCUGGCAAUUCGUCUCAGUAAAAGUAAAGAUACUUAGCAAGGCACAUUGUUAGCGCCAAGGUAUAUUAAAAGGAAAAAAGGCCUCACUUCCGGUUGAUGUGCGUCGUCCAGAAAUGUCUUAGCUUAAGCUCCUUUGUGUGUUGUUAUACUGUAGGUUGUAAAACACACUCAUUGUCCUACGUCUUACAAGAGGAGGAGAUCGCAUCAGAAGUAACGGUAAGUUAUGUAGCCCAUUAACGUUUAAGUGACUAGUGUUUAAGAUUUCUCCUUAUUCUUACACUGUUCAGUCAAACAUGAAUAUCGAUAACAAGCUGAGCUGGCAGGUCGCGCAAUCUCACGUGAUCUUGGAAUGACGCAAUGGUGAGGUAGAAUUUCUCCUUAUUCCCGGUUUUCACUCACGUGAGAAAGCCGAAAUUAAAAUGGAAUCCUUUUAAUACAGAAAGUCUAGAAUCUGGGAAAUGAAAGAAGUUAAAUAUACAAAAAGCCUCGCCAAGAAUCAGGUCUAUGCAAUCGUUCAUAUGCGAGAUAUUCGGAAAAACGUUUUACCCAAAUUUAUAAAGCUUUGCAUGGAGACGUUAUGUUUGUGUCCCUUUCAGGGGUACAAAUAUGGCCCCCGGAAACCAACAGAAACAUCUGUUUUUGAGUUUUCCUACUUAUGCGUGAAUUUGUCGCUUGAGGAACUCAUAAAGACUAGAGUAAUAUUUAUUCUAAGACAAGAAAUGUUUAGAUAGCAAAAUCCCCAAAAAUCCGUAAUGUUUUUAACCCACUUAAGAGCUUUCCCGGGCGCCAGCUAAAUGCCGCGUCGCGCAAAAGCCUGGAAAUUCAAGCGUCCUGUAUCGCAAAACAAAGAACCCUUUUGAACCGAAAGUUUGUUUGUAUUAAGGUUUUAAGGUACGUGCUCUAGUAUCACAUGAUAGUAGAAACUCAGAAGAAGCGAUAGUUUCUUAGUUUGAAUUUUGGUGACGUCAUGUGAAAACCAAGAAUUAUUACACUGUUCAGUCAAACAUAAAUACCGUGAGAAAAAGCACAUGAUCAGCAAGUGAAAAAGGUCUUGUAGGUAGGAUAUGCGUGAAGAACGUUGGGGAGAAUGUUUGUAUUAAUUUUAGGGUUCAAAGGGUGACACCAAUCCCCGUGAUACUGUUUCUUCUAGUGAGAAUUUUAAUCUCCAUAGUUUUUGCUCUCUUGCAAAGGUAAAUUCGGCGGACUGCAGAACAAAGCUCCUCCUCUUGAGAGAAUGCGCGGCGCAGUGUUCGCUGCGCCUCUUCCGCUGACAUUCCAUUCACUGACAACGCAGAUUGGUGAGUGACAACUAAAGCUCUUCUCAUUUUUCACCGCCAAUGUAUAACUCCAACAUUGUUGCUAAUGUUUUUCUUUAUUCAUUAUGUUGUCAGAACAACUACAAGCUUUUAAACAGGCCGUUAUUAAGCACACACAAGCCAAGGAAGAACUUUCGGUAAGCUUAAAGAAGCGCAUCGCAUUGGUGCCUUUAUUUAUUUUUUUUCCUUUCGUACACAAAUCCACCCUGCUCUCAGUCUUCUUUUCUUGAGUGCGGAUGAGAAGAGGAAGCUCUGUCUGAAUCGCGUCGAGUCUUGUUUUAACCCUUUAAGUCCCAAUAGUGAUCAACAUCAAUUUUCUCCUAACAAUAUCCUCAUAUUGUCAACAGAUAAGACUAUGAGAAUUAAUAAAAUUAUCGCCAAAGAAAAGUGCCUUGAUCAUUUAUUAAAUUCUCGCAACUAAUUCCUAAAGGAAAUGUAUGGAGAUCACUUUGGAGAAUUUGUAUGUGUACAUUAAUUGAACUUAUCGUAUAGGUGAGCGCGACCCCCAUAACUUGAAGAUUUGAAUCCGCUUUCACUAUCUUUCCGUUCGGCUCGCGGUUUGUAUUCAAAGCAAAUCGUUGGCAACGGUUAGCUGAUUUACGAAUUUGUUCUUCGAGCAUUUGGAGGGAACUCUUUCUCUAUCUCCUUUCUCUAACAGCUGCAGCUACAGCACGGACAAACGGAGGAGAUGAAAAUUAAACACCGGGAAUGCAGAGAGGCUGAAACCCAGUUACGCAUGAUUGAGGAGCGUUUGGGCAUGACUCCGACCCAGUACAAUAUGCCUCCCAGUCCGGCCACUAUGCUGCUGACAGAAAUCAACACUCCACCUACCAGAACAGCUACCUCGCGUCGCUCUAGCGCAUGA